AUGGAUACCGAUAUCAGUCCGAAUACUGAAGCGGUUUUUCGGCCGGUCAAGAGAAGGAAGUUCUUGCGACGCCGGGAGCUCGAGCCUGAAGAUUCACAAGAAGAAGCGCACGUCGCAAAUGCGAACAGCAUCCAUAACGAUUCAUCCGCAUCUCAACCUCCUUCACAGUCAAACGAUACAGUUUCGUCGACAGAUCUUGCCCGUUUACGACGUCUUCAGCGAGCUCGCAAAGGCGGCAUUGAAUUCUCCAACACCUCUCGACAAAGUACGGAUAAAACAGGCAAUCAAGCUGCAGUGACGACAGUAACAGCUGAAGAUCUUGAGAAUGAGAAGAUACGAGCUAUGUGCGAUCGGUUUACAGCAUACACAGGCCAAACAGUGGACGUUGACAAGCAUAUGAUGGCUUAUAUAGAGACCGAAAUGGCUAAACGACACAGACAGCAGAUGCCUGCCAAUACUACUGACUCGAACAUUUCUGCGACUAGCCAGGCAAGCUCCGAUAGUCUUUCGACAAUUGUGGCUUUGCAGCGCGAGCCAGCAUCUCUGGGUAAACUGCACGAGAUUGAUCUUGGGCAAGAAGCAAAACUACAGAACAUCGCUCGGACAGAAGCCGCGACGAGGAGACUUGUGGGAGAUGAUCGUGGUGCAUCGCCAGCCCACGAAGACCCUACUUCCAGUGUCGCUGCGCCAGGGAAGGAUGGCAGGCCGUGGCGCAAUCGGAAACGGCGAAACAGCGAGGAUAUCGAAAGGGACAGACUUGUGGAAGAGGUCCUGCGUGAAAGCAAAUUGGACGUUUAUGAUGAACCUGAAGAGGAAGCCAUGCUAGACGAUCAGGCGGCUGAUGAUAGGGUCGCGGAGCAAUUUCGAAGGGAGUUCCUCGAUGCCAUUCAGUCUCGUCGCCGCGUGACACGAACGAAGAAUACAAAGACCGCAGCGAAGCCCGAAGUCCCAAGGGGUCCUAAAUUGGGCGGUAGCCGGAGUGCAAGAGCUGCUAUGCGUGAGAGACAAGAGAAAUCAGCUGGUCGAAAGUGA